GCGCACAGGCUCGCGCUACGGCAGUGGUGCUGGGAGUCUCGUGUUCGUGGUGCCGUUACUCGCAGUCGGGCGGCGGCGGCUGAGGCUCAGCGCACAGCGCAGGUAGCGCGUUAGCAGCAGUAGCAGCCGCGGAGGCACCUCGGCGGUCACAGCCCCUGCGCUGGUGCAGCCACCCUCGCCUGCUCCGCUCUUCCUUCCUUCGCUCGCACCAUGGCUGAUCAGCUGACUGAAGAACAGAUUGCUGAAUUCAAGGAAGCCUUCUCCCUCUUCGAUAAAGAUGGGGAUGGCACCAUCACAACAAAGGAACUUGGGACUGUCAUGAGGUCACUGGGUCAGAACCCAACGGAAGCUGAGUUGCAGGACAUGAUCAACGAAGUGGAUGCUGACGGGAAUGGCACCAUUGACUUCCCAGAGUUCUUGACCAUGAUGGCUAGAAAAAUGAAAGAUACAGAUAGCGAAGAAGAAAUCCGUGAGGCAUUCCGAGUCUUUGACAAGGAUGGAAAUGGUUACAUCAGCGCAGCGGAACUGCGCCACGUCAUGACAAACUUGGGAGAGAAACUAACAGACGAGGAAGUAGACGAGAUGAUCCGAGAAGCGGACAUUGAUGGGGACGGACAAGUCAACUAUGAAGAAUUCGUACAGAUGAUGACUGCAAAAUGAAGACCCACUUUCAACUACUUUUCCCUCUAGAAGAAUCAAAUUGAAAUCUUUUACUUACCUCUUACAAAAAAAAAAAAGAAAAAAGAAAAAAGUUCAUUUAUUCAUUCUGUUUCUAUCUAGCAAAACUGAAUGUCAAACGUACCUUCUGUCCACACACAAAAUCUGCAUGUAUUGGUUGGUGGUCCUGUCCCCUAAAGAUCAAGCCCCCACAUCAGUUUUCCAGUAUCAAUACUCGUACUACCUUAUGAGGGAGCACUUAGUGGACUCCUUCACGUUCCAUUUGCUAACGAUUAAUACACUGUUUGGGCUGGCCAGUUUCUCAUGCAUGCAGCUUGACAAUUGAGCACAGUCAGGCCUUUGUAUUAAAACUGAAAAAAACGGAAAAAACAAAUUCAAAACCUCAGAUGGGUUCCACAAUUUGUUCGGAUAAAUUGUCAGUAGCCAGUUUACUGCAAACAGACAUUUAAAAUUGGUUUACCUCAGGAUGAUGUACAGAAAAUGGGUGAAGGCUAAACUUUGAGACACAGCCCCAGAAAUAGGAUGGCCCUCUUGUCCUUCAAGUGCUCCAACCCCAUGGUGACAGUAACACCCUGGUGGCAUGCCCGAGGAUAAUGGUUUAGCGCUGUGUGCAUUGAACUAGAGUGAAGUAAACAUCAAGGCUGUCACCAAGUCACACAAAUUUUUAAUAAGAAAUGUUUACCAAGGGAGCAUCUUUGGACUCUCUGUUUUAAAACCUUGUGAACCAUGACUCGGAGCCAGCAGAGUAGGCUGUGGCUGUGGACUUGAGCACAACCAUCAACAUUGCUGUUCAGGAAAUGAUAAUUUACGUCCAUUCCAAGUUGUAAAUGCUAGUCUUUUAUUUUUUUUUUUUUUCCAAUAAAAAGACCAUUAACUUAAAAGUGGUGUUAAAUGCUUUGUAAAGCUGAGAUCUGAAGGGGGACAAGGACAAGGCAGUUGGAGGGGAGGCCAGCGUACAUAUAAACAUGCCCACCAUCCAGUAUAAACUGGAUUCCCCUCCCAAGUUCCCUAGCAUCAACUCGUGAAACCUGGCAGACAGUGAUUGCUUGAUCAUCUACGGCCAUGUAAGUCUCGUUAUGUUUUCUCUGUGUGUGUGAGUGUGUGUGCACAUGCACAGGUGCUCACACGCAUCUCACACUUAAGGAUCUGUUGAGGCAGAGGAGAGUGUAGUGAGGGAACAGCCUUGCUCCCAAGCAUGUGUUUAGGAGUUCUCAUGUGCUGCUGCUGACCACAGGAGGCCAUGUGUGCAGGAGGCAUGAUUAGUGUGUCUAUUUCAAUCUUCGUGUGUAUGUGGAAGCAGUAUCCAGUCAGAGACACUACCAGUCACCUUUGAUUCGGUUUUUAAUUUAGGAUACCCUUUAGCCUUUAUACUUUUUUUUAAAUUGACUUUUGUUUCCUCUCCGUAAGUAGAGCUAAUGCUUAAGCCUCUGGCUUAAAAGAACCCCCCCCCCCCAAAAAAAAAAAAAACCAAAA